AUGGGUUGGUAUAUAAGAGCAUCUGCAUUGCACACUUUUUUAUUUCUAAGCGAAAUUUGUGUUGAGUUGACGAACUGUGGUAUGGCUCGUACAAAGCAAACUGCUCGCAAAUCUACGGGUGGAAAGGCACCUCGGAAGCAACUUGCAACCAAGGCAGCACGAAAGUCGGCUCCGGCUACCGGCGGAGUAAAAAAACCGCACAGGUAUAGACCUGGCACGGUUGCUUUGCGUGAAAUUCGGCGGUACCAAAAGUCAACGGAACUGCUUAUCCGUAAGUUGCCUUUCCAGCGGUUGGUCCGUGAAAUAGCUCAAGAUUUCAAAACUGACCUCCGUUUUCAAUCGUCUGCUGUGCUUGCCUUGCAAGAGGCUAGUGAGGCAUACUUGGUUGGCUUAUUUGAGGACACUAAUCUGUGUGCUAUUCACGCCAAACGAGUGACAAUCAUGCCCAAAGACAUUCAAUUGGCACGGCGAAUUAGAGGAGAGCGAGCUUGA